AUGUAUUGGAGCAAACAUUCAGCACGGCUUGGAGCACCAUAUGCAGCACUGUUGGGAGCGACCGGGGGUGCUCGUACAGCACCCGAGGAUGCUCCACCCUUCUCCUCCUUCCAGAUCCCUUCAUCCUCCCCUCAGGGCACUCCAGAGCGCUCACAGAAGAAGCGAGAUCGCGAUCCAGACACCGACGAAUCAGAUAGCAAAAAACGCCGAAGGAAGGAAAGGAAGGAGAAGAAGAAGGAGAAGAAGAAGGAGAAGAAGGAGAAGAAGAAGGAGCAGAAGAAGAACGAGAAGUCCUCCCCUUCCUCGUCUCGCAAAGAGCAGAAAAGCCUCCAGCCUAUCCCAGAAGAGAUAGAAGAGACACCCCCGCCGCAGUCGUCGUCUUCCCGGAAGCAUCCCCGAGUGGUUUCAAGCUCCCGACAGCACUCGUCACCACCCCCUCAGCACUCGUCACCAUCUCCUCAGCACUCAUCACCGCCCACUCGGCACUCGAGGCUCUUCCCAAAAGAGUUGGAAUCAGUGCAAUCUGAAGCCGAGUCCGACAGCGAAGGUUCCGUAGCAGGCACAGCAGCAGGCCCAGCAGGCCCAGCAACACACUCCGCAAAGCGCUCAGCAGCACGCACAGCAGCAGGCCCAGCAGGCCCAGCAACACACUCCGCAAAGCGACCAGCAGCAGGGACAGCAGCAGGCCCAGCAGCAGGCCCAAAACCCCAAGGAGGACGAGCACUUCAACGAGUCUCCAGCACUUCCCCAGAAUUGGGCAGCUCGCCGCCACAACCGUCGGCCCCUGUCCAUAGAACCGUACUCCCAGUUGGUGCCCCUGCUCCAGAAGCAGUCGCCAGUGCUUCACAGAGCUCUCAAUCCCGACGUCGCCGUCGGCUACCAAUACCUAGUUCCCCUCCACCGGCAGAGCAGAGGCAAAGCCGCAGAGAUCGUGCCCCAGAAACUCCCUCGCGUGCUCAGGUAGCAUACGCCAGUGCUCCAGAAGCAUCAUCCCCAAUCUCUCAAGCCCGAUACCCCGGCAGAAUGACUGAGGCAAACAAAGCAAAGAUGGCUUUAGGUUUGAUCAACCUCCCUAAAUUGUACACUAACAUCCGCAACAGCCUCAAAGCGGAGAUGCAGAACACCGGUUGGGUCAACAAAACCGUUUCCGGAGCAGCAGCGUUCAAUGCUCUAUGCCUCCAUGUGUUGAACAUACGCCCUCUCCGUGGUUUCCUGCCUAUGUGGAACGGAGGCGAUUCCGCAACCCGCAGAGCACUCGCAGACGCUUUGAACGAUGAUGAUGAGGACGGUGGUCUGCCCGCCCAACGCUCUAAGAAGCGUAAACGGGACCCAGUGUCCGCAGAUCUCGAUAGACCUUCCAUAAUGGUUACGGUGGUAGACCCGGAUGCUCUAGGAGCAUUCUCCAGGGUUGCCCCGCCCCCUAUCUAUGACUGGAACCAUCGACGAAAUCAGAAUUCGUUCAUUGGAGUUCUGAUCAAGAUAACGUUUCCAGGGCUCUGCAAUUUGAUCCUGAAGCACAUCCCACCCGGCAGAGCAAUCAGGAGUAUCUGGGGAGCACUCGAUAACGUUCCACCGGCAUCCAAUCCUCCUGUUCGGCCGAUGGAGGUGCAGAUCACUGAUUCGGAAGAGGUCGAGGGUUGGUUGAAGAAUAGCGUUGGCAGGCCUCGGAGGAUACUGGCGGUACUCCACAGAGCGGGCGCGGGUGCUAAUUUGGGUGGUGCUGAAACACCGCCGCUGACACGAGCAUUCCCUCAUAUCGAGGAAGACGAUUACACAACGAUCGAUAUUCCAGCAGAGGACUCUGAUUACGAGGAGGGAAAUCACCGCAUAAAUGCUAAAGGACUGAGGGUAUAUUUGCCCAGAACUGAUGCCAGUAAUCAAAGGCUAAUCCAGACUCUUGUUAGACGUCGCGAUAGACAGCAGAAUGCUAUCGACGACUUAGACCCCAAAUACCUGAGGAAGUAUCCUCUGGGUGUAGGGGUUGCUGACGCAAACUUUGCACAGGGAGUAAUCUGGACGCCUGCCGGGAUAGCAGCCAAGAGAGCUGCUGACGCACUCGCGGCUGCUGCUGGAGGCGGUGGUGGUGGUGGCAAUCCUCCUCCGGGCGGUGGUGGUGGUGGUGGUGGUGGUGGUGGUAAUCCUCCUCCGGGCGGCGGUGGUGGUGGUGGUGGUGGUGGUAAUCCUCCUCCGGGCGGACCUCCUCCUCCUCCUCCUCCUCCUCCGGGCGGACCUCCGGGCGGUGGUGGUGGUGGUUGUGGUGGUGGACCUUCUGGAGGCGGUGGUGGAGGCGGUGGUGGUGGUGGUGGUGGAGGUGGUGGGCCAGCUGGAGGCGGUGGAGGCGGUGGUGGUGGUGAUGGUGGUGGGCAUCAUUAG